AUGGACUUUUUCGGCGCGAAGAAGUCGGGGGGGAAGAAGGCGGGCGGGGCGGGUUCGGCGCCGCGCGUGACGACGACAACGCAAGUGAAGCGUACACUUUCCCGCAAGCCUCCGCGUCCGUCUGCCCCGGAAAAGCACAAUGCGCUGAGCGAGAAGAUCCAGAAGCGCAUCGCUUUAGAUCGACACGAGGCAGAUAUGCGCGCGCGGGAGAAGCAGUACCGCGCGGCGGCGGACACGCAUGCACAAGAGGAUCUCUGCUCGGUGCAAUUAGCACCGCCUACAAAACGUGUACGCACGUUACCAGGUGCGCAUAGCGAUGACGAAAAGCCAAACACUACACGUGCCGCUCGAUCCGACUAUCAUAUUCCACGCAACAUUGUGCCUUUGCAAGGCUACGAGCCUCUCCGUGGAGAGCAAGCACAGCGUGCAAUAAAUGAGCCGCUGAUUACAAGCCGUGCGCUUGUGCUUGCAUCCAAAGUACCCUAUUAUCCCUUUUUUGAAGGGCUCGAGGAGCCGGGUGUCACACUUUCUUACCCCGCGCGCGGCGCAAAAGAGUCUUUCCUUCUUCUUGUAUCACACGACAAGGAUGAAUACGAUCCAGUUCUGGAUCUCUUACGCUCUGUGCGUGUGAUUGUCGCGCAUUUUGUUCCUCCAGCAUACCAAGCGCAAUUCGGCGACUUGGGCAGCUUGGAAAUAAGCGCACAUACAGGCGUGCCUUUGCACGAGGUGCGAGCGCGUGGAAGCGUGCGGGGCUCAUCGGUGGUGUCUACGUCUGGGUCUGGCUCGUCGACACCGCUUGCAGAGUCGCUUGACACCGAUCCGAUCCUGCGCUCCUUUACCAAAGCGCGCAACCGCCGGCACGGGCCUUUGUUUGUGCGAACUGUCGAGCGAUUCAACGAGACACUCGAACGGCUCAAGGCCCAGGAUGUGAUUGAAAAGCAUCUCGAGGCUCUCGGCGCGUCGUACGGCUUACCCGAGCUUGUCUGGCGCACGGUCCAGGAGCAAGUAUAUGCACGCGCAGCGGCGCCGCACGUCGAGAAACUAAAACAGUACGAGGCUUUCUCGGACAAUGUGUACGGCGAAAUGCUCCCUCCAUUUUUAAGCGAGGUAUGUCAGCUGGCCCAGCUGAAACCGACGUCGGUGUUUGUCGACCUCGGCAGUGGCAUCGGCAAUCUCGUCCUUCAGGCCUCGCUACAAAUAGGAUGCGAGGCGUACGGGUGUGAAUACAUGCCGAUACCCAGUACGAUAGCCACUGACCAGUUAGCCGAAGCCGCGAGGCGCUGGGCGCUAUGGGGCGUGUGUGGCGGCGCACACAUGGAGACGUGGUGUGCUGACUUUACUGCAUCUGACAAGGUCUGCAAUGCUCUGCACCGUGCCGAUCUGGUUCUUGUGAACAACUAUGCAUUCCGUCCCCAGACAAAUGAGACGCUAUCGCUCCUUUUCCUUGACCUCAGGGACGGCGCCAUCAUUGUAUCGCUGCGCUCUUUUGUGCCGCAUGAUUUCCGUCUCACCGAGCGCACCCUCUCCUCGCCAGCCGCAAUUCUUCGCGUGGAGGAGCGGCGAUAUACCAGUGGCUCAGUGAGUUGGACGGGGGGAAGCGGCAAGUACUACGUCCAUGUUGUGGACCGUAGCAAAGUUCAAGCUUACACUGCGGAUCUCGGAAAGGCACGGGCUACCACGACGUAG